CAAAAGCACAGCAGUGAACCAUCUUUAAGGUUAAAAGAAAGGGAAAAAAAAAUCGUUAUAAAAUCCGAUUCUGGGCUCCUUUGUUCCUUAGAAAACCAAGAAUUCAAGAAUUUCUGUUUGAGAAAAAUCUUCUAAGAGACAAAUCGAUCAUGGAGGAGCCUGUCAAAGAGCAACCGCAUUCUGCUCCUUUUGCUGGGAGUGCAGGGAAGUCGAAGCUACGGUAUCCUCUCCGAUCCUCGAUGAAAUCAAAGGAGGAGAAGCCUCUGGCGGGUGAUUUGUCCAAUUCUUCUUCAUCCAGAAGGGGGAGAGCAACACCAAGUGUGAGUAAGAGUGUGGGUGUUCUUGAUCUUUCCAAGGAGAAAUCUGCUAAGCCACCCAGAAGGCUCUCUAUCCCAACCAAAUCAACUGUCACACCAUCUCCAAAAUUUGUUGGGACAAUCACUCCUAUCUCUGAGGCUAGAGCCAAGAAAUCUACCAAUGUUCAGGGCAAAAGCGUCACACCUCUUUCUGACGCGUCUAGAUCAGCAACUCGAAGGAGGUUCAGCGUGCUGUCAUCAGCUUCAUAUUGGCUGUCGCAGAUUAAGCUCUCUGAAUCAGCUUCUAAGCACUCAGUCUCACUUGGGUUUUUCAAACUUGCCUUAGAGGCUGGUUGUGAGCCCCUUCAGAGAAUGCGUGAUGAGCUUAGAUCCUAUUUACGUCGCCAUAAUCUUGGUGAAAAUGAUGAAGCUAUAAUGGAACUACUUAAAAGCUAUAAUGUUUCAGAAAAUUCAGAUCAACCACAGGUGUCCGAAACCUUUUCUCAAUUGCCUGAGGAGGGGACUCGGUCAUCUGAUGACGAGGUUCACAGCGUUUCUUCUGUAGUGGGAUCUAGGAAACUGAAACCCAAGUCCUUGAAUACUGAUGCUGCUCACGUUUCAUCAGUUGCCGAAUCAGCAAAAGAGGCUACCCCAAAGACUAAUCCUGUAACCAGGAAUAGGGCUUUGAAUAAGAACAGUUCAAAUUCAAGGUCUGUUUCUGACACUGGGAGUCGUAAGGUUCAGAAGAAAACUCAGAAGACAACCAGGCAAGAGCCUGUUAAAGGAAAGGACAGGACUAAGAGACAUGGGAUCAAAUCAGCUAACGAAGAAGGUCAAGUUAGCCCUACAGCUGCAGGUGAGACUGCUGAAGAGGACAAAGAAAAUAUGGAUGCUCCUUUGACAGAAGAAAUCAGCGCGACUGGAGAGAUGUAGGCAGUGUGGUGCGCAAAUAUGCUAAACCAUAUUUGUUUCCAUCCCCAGCUGGAUUCCUUUUUGUUAAUCGUGGUUGUGAUAUCAUAUGUAUAGGGGUUAAAGUGAAGUGUUCCAAUCUGGUGUGAAGUCAAGACCUCCUGUGUUUUUUCUUGGGUUGUUGCUUUAAACUGGAAUUGUUUGUGUCUAGUAUUAUACAAGGACUUGGGAUACAAAAUUGUAUCAAAUCAUUCCAACUUAUUCGUUGUUUUCGAGGAUAUGAUUGACACAAAAGCUUGUUUGAUCUGAA